AUGGAAAAAUCUCCACAUUUUUCAGAUGUGUUAAUAAUGCCUGAUAAACCCUUCGAAGAAUUAAACACAAAUAAAAAAGGGAGACCUUCCUUCGAGUUAAGGAAAUCUUGGGAAAGGCGUCCUACUGACAUUGUCUGUAGUCUCCGAAAGGUGGCUUUUGCACAAAAAGAGUACACCAUACCAGUUUGCAAAGCAGAAACUACAGAAUUCAAACCCAAACAUCAGUUUCAGAAACUCAGCAAGAGUGGUCUUGAUCCUUUUCUAAGAAACAUAAACAGCAAAAUGUCAUUCAGAAAGAAGAAAGAUCACGAUGAUGGAUACAGACAUCUAAGCACGUUAAGUACAGAGAUUUUAGAGCAUGAAGAUCAAGAUCCUCCUUACCCAGAACAUUCAGGAUCUGCAGGAUCUGAUACAAUAUGGGCUGAAAAUCCUAGCCCUUUCACAGUCCAGAUGGCAAACAAGCAUAGCUUGCCUCCUGACCCUAUUACAGCCACAAUAAUGAUUUCAGACAGGAAGAAUAAGCUGUCACUUGAUAGUGCUUUCAACUCGGCAAACAAUUCAAAUACAAAGAGUAUCUUUGCAAGUGAUAAUCCUGUUGUCAGCCUAACAAAGCUUUCAGAUUCAGAUAAUAAACUGUUAACUGAUUCUAGUUUUAAUACCACACAGCCUUCAAAUAGAAGGCUGUCCAAGGACUCAAAUUCCAAUACAACCCAGCCUUCAGAUACUAAAUUAUGCAGUGACCGUAGUUCCAGUAUAACACAGCCUUUAGAUAGGAGUCCUGGUACAACACAACCUUCAGAUACUAAGCUGUUCAGUGAUCCUAGUAACAAUAAGUUGUCCCGAGAUCCUAGUAGCAAUGCAACACAGCUUUCAGGUUCUAAUAGAUUGUCCCAUAAUCCUAGUAUCAAUGGAAAUAAAUCUUCAUAUACUUCAGAUCUUAAUAAAGUAUGUCGUGAUCCUAGUAUCAAUUCAAUGAGGCUUUCUGAUACUAACAAGUUGAGCCGUGAUCCUAGUAUCAUCUCAGCAAGGUCUUCAGAUCCUAACAAGUUAUCCCAUGAUCCUAGCUUCAUUUCAACAAAGUCUUCAGAUCCUAACAAGCUGUCCCGUGAUCCUAGUAUCACUUCAACAAGGCUUUCAGAUCCUAAUAAGUUGUCCCGUGAUCCUAGUAUCAUCUCAGCAAAGUCUUCAGAUCCUAACAAGUUAUCCCACGAUCCUAGCUUCAUUUCAACUAAGUUUUCAGAUCCUAAUAAGUUGUCCCGUGAUCCUAGUAUCAAUUCAACAAGGCUUUCAGAUUCUAGUAAGUUGAGCCAUGAUCCUAGUAUCAUUUCAGCAAAGUCUUCAGAUCCUAACAAGUUAUCCCGUGAUCCUAGCAUCAUUCCCCAUGAUCCCAGUGUCAUUUCAACAAAGUCGUCAGAUGCAAAUAAGUUGUCCCGUGAUCCUAGUAUCAAUUCAACAAGGCUUUCAGAUUCUAGUAAGUUGAGCCCUGAUCCUAGUAUCAUCUCAGCAAGGUCUUCAGAUCCUAAUAAGUUAGCCCGUGAUCCUAGCAUCAUUUCCCAUGAUCCUAGUGUCAUUUCAACAAAGUCUUCAGAUCCUAAUAAGUUGUCCCGUGAUCCUAGUAUCAAUUCUACAAGGCUUUCAGAUCCUAGUAAAUUGAGCCGUGAUCCUAGUAUCAACUCAGCAAGAUCUUCAGAUCCUAACAAGUUAUCCCGUGAUCCUAGCAUCACUUCAGCAAAGUCUUCAGAUCCUAAUAAGUUGUCCCGUGAUCCUAGCAUCAUUUCCCGUGAUCCUAGUGUCAUUUCAACAAAGUUUUCAGAUCCUAAUAAGUUAUCCCGUGAUCCUAGUAUCUCAACAAGGGUUUCAGAUCCUAAUCAGUUGUCCCGUGAUCCUAGUAUCAAUUCAACGAGGCUUUCUGAUACUAACAAGUUGAGCCGUGAUCCUAGUAUCAUCUCAGCAAGGUCUUCAGAUCCUAACAAGUUAUCCCAUGAUCCUAGCUUCAUUUCAACAAAGUCUUCAGAUCCUAAUAAGUUAUCCCGUGAUCCUAGCAUCAUUUCCCAUGAUCCUAGUAUUAUCUCAGCAAGGUCUUCAGAUGCUAACAAGUUAUCCCGUGAUCCUAGCAUCAUCUCAGCAAAGUCUUCAGAUCCUAAUAGGUUGUCCCAUGAUCCUAGUAUCAAUUCAACGAAGUCUUCAGAUCCUAAUAGGUUGUCCCAUGAUCCUAGUAUCAUUUCAACCAUGUCUUCAGAUCCUAAUAAAUUAUCUCAUGAUCCUAGUAUCAUUUCAGCAAAGUCUUCAGAUCCUAACAAGCUGUCCCGUGAUCCUAGCAUCAUCUCAGCAAAGUCUUCAGAUCCUAAUAGGUUGUCCCAUGAUCCUAGUAUCAAUUCAAUGAAGUCUUCAGAUCCUAAUAGGUUGUCCCAUGAUCCUAGUAUCAUUUCAGCAAAGUCUUCAGAUCUUAACAAGCUGUCCCGUGAUCCUAGUAUCAUUUUAGCAAAGUCUUCAGAUCCUAACAAGCUGUCCCGUGAUCCUAGUAUCAUUUCAGCAAAGUCUUCAGAUCCCAAUCUUAAUAAGUUGUCCCAUGAUCCUAGUAUUAUCUCAGCAAAGUCUUCUGAUCCUAAUAAGUUGUCCCAUGAUCCUAGUAUUAUUUCAGCAAAGUCUUCGGAUCCUAACAAAUUGUCCCAUGAUCCUAGUGUCAUUUCAACAAAGCUUUCAGAUCCAAGUAAGUUAAGCCGUGAGUCUAGUAUCAAUGCAAGAAAGUCUUCAGAUGCUAAUAAGUUAUCACAUGAUCCCAGUAUCAUUUCAACAAAGUCUUUAGAUAGCAACAAUAGAUUGCCAAGUGGCCAUCCUGCUGUCAAUUCAGAUACUACUACCAACACAGCAAAACCACCAGUUACUAAGAAUGUGCUGGAUCCUGAUAACUCCACAGUAGACUCUUCAGAUAUACAGAGUAAGUUAGAAUGGCUCCCAAAUGUAUCUUUAUCAAAUGUCCAAGAAGCAUCAUCAGUGACAGAAAAUGUAAAUAUACAUCACCCCUCAAACUCAAUAAAUAUUACAUCUGAUAUUGAAAUUUUAAAACAGUCAAUAGUACUCAAAUCAAUUUUAAGUAAAAAUCUACAAGACCUUUCAGACGAGUUGUUUUCUAAACCAGAUGUCUACAAAAACAAUGAAGGCAGUUCUCCACCUCCAAGUGUGCACAGCAAGCCAUCUGAUAGCACAGAUGACAAAGUGUUUGAAAAAGUCCAAGAUCUAAACAGCUGGCUUUUAUCAAAAGACCUUCUAAAUUCUCAGGUUCUUUUAAGUCCUGUAGUUAAAAAUAGUCCUCAAGAUUUACUUCCAGAAGGUGAGCCAGGAAAAUCUUCAAACAUAGAAGAUCAUGUCUCUGAAAAACUCUUAGAGGCUGCUCAAAGAAAUUUUCCAAUGAACAGAAAGAGUAGUUUCAAGAAAAAACAUUUAGUAAGUGAAGAAUCUAGCUCUGAACAUGUUUUAAAUGGUAGCAUAUAUGAGUACGUUAUCAAGCAAAUAUUCACUGCACCCAUAUUCUCACAACUGGGGAUAGGAAGAAAGACCUCAAGUGAGGUCCAGAGGGACUCAGAGGAUCAGUUGCUGACACCUUGGGAGAGAAGUGUAUCUUCACAGAUUCUCAACUAUGAAGAAAAAGGCAAUGAAGUUCACUUGUCACAGUCCAAAUCUGUCAUAAGUCAAAUAAUACAGUCCUUUCCUGUAAAUACUUUGUUAGAAUCUGGGAUAAUCAAAGUGAUAGAACUAGAUAAAGAACAUCAGAACUCUUUGUUGGACUCACAGACAACUUCUUCCACAGAGCAGUAUUCAGAUAUCAGGAGCCAAAUAAAACUUCUUUCCAGGCAGAAUACAUCUAGCAUCAACCCCCUAACCUCCUCUGUGAGCGGAGCUGAAUAUACAGAGGACUGCCAAAGUAUAUCUACACAAGAGUCAAAAUACCCAGUGACAGAUGGAAAGUCAGACUCGACAACUGAACACCAGAGUCUUGAUACAGAGGAGACAGAGCUAAGCUCCAAUUUAGAGAGUUCAAGUAGCUCACUGGAUAAAGUUAAAGACACAGACACAGCAAUGUUAAAAUCCUUCCUAAAAAAUAUCUUCAGUAUUUUCUUCAAAUACAAUCUGUCUGAAAGAAGACAACAGCCAGAAAAAGAGUCAGAAAGUCUAAUUAAACAUUCUUCAUCAAGUGGUACAGAACACUUAGAAAAAAUCCAAGAGAAUGUUAAUAAAGCAGAGAAAAAAGUAGACAGGAAACCCAUUUUAAAUCCAAAGCUGCGUGUGUUUCUAGAGAAACUCUCGGAGACAGAAGUAAAAAAUUUGAAGUCUGAGUUAAGUAAACACAUUCAGCAUUACCUUGUUGAAAGACUUACAGAAUCAGGCCAUAUCACCAAGGAGGACUUACCAACAAUCUAUCACAAGCUCUAUCUAAUGAAUGAGAAAUCAGAGUUAAAAGAGCAAAGUCCCUUUCAGGAGAAAUACUCAGAAACUGUAAAAGAAAUCAUGUCUUUUGUAAAUAAUUUUAACCAUCAUUUCAUAGAUAAACAUCUAGAAACAAAACUUAGAGCUUUUCUAAGUGAAAUUCUCCAAAAUUAUUUCCUGAAGAAUCUUUCAGUGAGUAACUUAUUCAAUGAGACAGACACUGCGGCUCUCCAUGCCGGCGUGUCUCCUGACACGGUGGCUCUCCAUGCCGGCGUGUCUUCUGACACGGUGGCUCUCCAUGCCAGCAUGUCCCCUGUGAGAAGCCAGAGUGAGCUAGGCCAAGACAUUGCAGGUGGGAACUUUGGUUCAAGCCUUAAAGUAAACAUGAAAUACCCUGUAAGCAAAUCUCUACAAAAUUAUCUUCAAGAUUUAUCAGAAAAUGAAUUAUUAAGUCUAAAAACUGAUUUGAGCAAAUACCUCCAGGUCCUCUUUAUAGAAAAACUUUAUAAGUCAGGGCUGGUGUCAGAAAGGCAGCUAAAGGGGAUCAGCCAGGAAAUUAUCUCACUCCAAUCACCUCCCAUACCACUAAAACACAUAAAAACAAAUUUGCCUUUUAGAAAUGAAAGUUACUUUAUGAGGGAGGAUUCAGAAGAGCAAAUGAAAUAUUCAAAAAAUGGUCAAAAUACAGCUUUACAAACAUUGCUUAAAGAUAAAUGUGGAGAAAUAGAACUGGCCAGAAAGGAAGAAAGGGAAAAUUCUUUCUCACAAAAUUUAAAAGAAAACCUACCAACAAUAUGGGAACAGAAAACUAUUUAUACCAGGGAAGAAGAAACGCUAAAUUUAAUACAAAUGCAUUCUUCCCUCAACAAAAAUAACCAGGCAAAUUCACUAACUAGGUCACCAGAAAGACCUUCAGACAUAUCACUUAAGAAACAGAAGAAAGAUCUUGGUUUCAUGCAGUUUACUCAAGUAGAAAGUUCUGUCUACAAAACAGAGAGUCAAGAUCCAUACAGUUGGGAUAGCAGAUCAAAAACAAUUCAACCAAAACCUUGCUUUGAAAAGAUAGUGAAAAUGAAGCAACUCGACAAAAGGGAGAACAAUAACAUUUAUAAGCUGACUGCUCAGGAAAAACUUGAUACAGAAUUUUCACCUUAUCUAAAGCUCCCUAAUUGCAAAAUACCAAAAGAAAAUGAAUCUGUAAGCAGGCUGUCCUUCCCUACAUGGCAGACUAACACCUUCCUUCAUGUCAAACCAGAGAUUGGGGAGCAAUCAAAAUUAGACCACUAUUAUCAGAGACUGAAAGGAAAUAAUAAUAACAAUAAAAAACACUUGGUUACAUUUGCACAAUUCAAAAAUGAAAUGGAAACUCUUUAUAGAAACCCAUAUGAAGUUUGCAAUGAAAAACGGGCCAAGAUCUCUGAAUCCCAGUCAUUUAAAUACAAAGAAAAUGAGAAAAACUCAAGGCCAUUCUUCUUCCCAGAAGUACUGAAGAGAGAAAACAUGAAAUCCAAAAGAAAAGAAAGAGACCACAUCACCAAACCAAAAAAGUCAUUUCACAAGAUAGUUAGGUUACUACCAGCCACACUGCCCACUACAAGACCUCAUCUCCGGAAGUCUGUGCCAAGGAGUUUACUUCACUGGACUGCAAGGAGAACUAUACAUGAUUGUUUGGAUAGAUUCGACGAUUUACACGCACCCUCAGUUAAAUGUCCUAAAAAAUCAAAAUCAAGAGCAAGAUUUUUAGGCAAGAGUCCAGAUGAUUCCCAUAAUCAGGCAAAACACUGUGCACGACCAUACACUGCUCCAGAGCCUAACAAACGACGAGAAAGUGCCGCCUGGAAAUUUGCAAGUCCUCGGAUGGUGUCAGCGGGCUUAGCUCACUUAUAUGCCACCCCAGAGUAUGAAAUCCGUAAAAUGCGGUCCAAAAGAAAAUUAAAAGAGGAUAUUGAAAAGCGUCCGCUCAUUAGUGAGAUUAUCCAGAUGCUAGACACUGCAGAAUGA